GCAAUGGCGGAUCAGUCAGAAUGGCUCAGGUUAUGCUGCUGCGCAAAAAUAAAUAACCCAGUGUUUAUUUCUUGACCACCUUGUGCAUCUGGCAGGGGGUACUGGAGCUCUGCUCACCCAAAUCUCUUUGGGACCAAGGAUAAUGAAGCACUUUGUUGCCUAUUUUGUCAUUUAUUUUCCCAAAUUUUUUGUGUUUAUUGUUACAGAUGAACUUAAUAAACUGUUAAUUGAUGUAUAACAUAUAUACAGACUUUCUGAGUUUGGGAUCCGUUAUGACGAACUUAGAUACACAAUUAGGAAGCAGUCUUACAGUAACUAUGUUUUCCAUGGGAAUGUAAACUGGGCUUUUAAACCUUCCAGUUGGCAGGAAGAAGGGACUUGAACCGCAGAUAUAACCCUCCCCUCAAUAGUUAAUAUUGUUGAUAACACUGUAAAGCACCUAAAGCUAUCAUUGGAUGACAUAGGGUGGCACAGACAAAUAGGGUCCAAAUAUAAAAUAUGUUGGAGGAGAGAAGGGUUCUAAAUUGACUGUGAGUUCAAGUUCUGAUUAUAGUAUUUAUGUUCUGCAUGAUUCUGGCUUUCUGAUAUUCAGGUGUAUUUUUACAAAGAAUAAGAGUUUUCUUAAUAAGUAUCAAAUAUGAAAAUAUGCUUUACAAACUGGAAAAAACGAAACUGCUUAAAAAUGUAAAAUUUCCUCAUGACAAAGAUGGGGUUUGUGUUUUGAUAACUGCGACACCUAAUUGACAAUCGUAUUUGAUUCCCAUAUGUAUGUACCUUGAGUGGAAAGUUACUAUGUGACUGAGAAGAAAAAAAUGGAAAAACAACAGCUACAAAAAUGGUGGAUUAGGAGAGGAUUUUUAAAAAAGUAAGAGCUCCAGGGAAGAGUAUGGGGAAUGUGAACAACAAGAAAAGUUGAAAAUUUCUCCUUAGUUAACCAAUGCUUUUUAUGCUUGCUCUAUAGUUUUCCAUAGUCGUAUUCAAAAGAAUGUAAUAAGGGGAACUUACCUCAAUUCCCUAACAUGAAGAAAUGAAUGAUCUAAGCUUUGCUAACGUGUCAGAUGAAUUAAAAUCAUGUCAUCUUUGCCCUACAAUGGUGAAAGUAGUUGAUGCUUCAAUGUGUAGUUUGAUAAAGCAUACUCUAGAUAGAAUAUUCAGGGUAUAGCUGGAAACUAUUUGCUGUAGAGGUUAGGAGUGUGAUUUUUCGCACCAAUCAACCAUCUCCCAGGGGAAAUAUAUAUAUAUAUAUACAUAUAUGAAAGAUUUAAAAAACAGUGUAACUUAUUCUUCUUUCCCAGGUGAAAACUGUAAGCUGAACCAUGUACUCGGGGAAUCAAACUUCAGAGAAUCAAACAUCAAGCACCUAUUUCAUCCUCAUGGGGCUCUUUGAUCAAACUAAAUGUGCAGUUUUCCUCUAUACCUUGACAUUUGUCCUUUUCUUAAUGGCCCUAACUGGGAAUGCCCUUCUCAUCCUCCUGAUCCACAGGGAGCCCCGCCUUCACACUCCCAUGUACUUCUUCAUCAGCCAGCUCUCCCUCAUAGACCUCAUGUACGUGUGUGCGACAGUCCCCAAGAUGCUCGUGGACCAGGUUACUGGAGAUAAUACAAUUUCCCACUUGGGUUGUGGGGUCCAGAUGUUCUCCUAUCUCACCCUCGCUGGAGCUGAGGUUUUCCUCCUAAGUGCCAUGGCCUAUGACCGAUAUGCUGCCAUUUGCAGACCUCUCCAUUACCCACUGCUCAUGAACCAGAGAGUCUGCCAUCUCUUCAUGUCUGGAUGCUGGUUCCUGGGAAUGUCUGAUGGUUUGUUGCUCACCGCAAUGACCAUGAGCUUACCUUUUUGUCAGUUUAGAAAAAUCAUGAACUUUUUCUGUGAGGCCCCCACCUUGCUGAAGCUCUCCUGCUCCAACAUCCCCCUUUAUGAAAUGUUCAUGUACCUGUGCUGUAUCCUAAUGAUCCUAAUCCCCAUCAUUAGUGUAUCUGGCUCAUACGUUCUCAUCCUGCGCCUCAUCCACAGCAUAAAUUCAGCAGAGGGCCGCAGAAAGGCCUUUGCCACCUGUUCCUCCCACAUGGUGGUAGUGCUGCUCUUUUUUGGUGCUAGCAUAUACACCAAUAUGCUCCCCAGGUCCUACCACACAGGUAAGCAGGACAUGACGGUGUCUGCUUUUUACACCAUCAUCACCCCUGUGUUGAACCCCUUCAUUUAUAGCCUCCGGAAUAAAGAUGUCACAGGGGCCCUGAGGAACUUGAUGCUAUCAGGGAUGGGACCGAGGAAGUUUUAAUGUGAACACGUAGGAAAGACCAUCUCCCAUUUCCCCAUCAUUUUCUCUCCUCCCAAUCUGUCCUCUCAUUCUUUCCCCUGCUUCCUGAGCCCCAACAUAAAGUCCUAUAAGACACUCCCUCCCUCUCACUCAUGAGGCACUUCUUUUAUAUACCGCUUACUCAUUCUUUGUAAUUUAUAUAUAUGUUUAGGUUCCAUAGAGUCAAUUAUUUCUGAUGCAAUAGCUGAUA